GAAGUUAACUCUACUUUGCCUGAGUCACUUGAGUACUUACUAUUGGCCGCAUGUGAAGUGAAAGAAUUGGAGUUUCUAAGAUCUGCAAAACAGCUUUCCAACUUGGAUCUUUCAAAUAAUAAGCUUCAAGGAAGAAUUCCUGAUUGGGCAUGGUCUAACUGGAUGUCGUUGAUAACUCUUAAUAUAUCCCACAAUAUGCUGACGAGUGUGGAUACAAUUCCUCUUCAGAUUGUAUAUACUAUUGAUUUACGGUCCAAUUUGCUUCAAGGUUCACUAGCUAUUCCACCAAAUUCCACAACAUUCUUCUUCAUAUCCUAUAAUUAUCUCAGUGAAGAAAUUCCUUCAGAUAUUUGCAAUUUAACAUCACUUGUAAUGCUAGAUUUGGCAAGAAACAAUUUACGUGGAGAAAUUCCGCCAUGUUUGGGAAAAAUCACUGCCCUCCAAGUUUUGGAUAUGCGCCACAACAAUCUUUCUGGGAACAUUCCAACGACUUUCAGCAAUGGAAGUUCACUGAGCAGCCUUAACUUGCAUGGAAAUAAACUAGAAGGGAAAAUUCCUCAAUCUUUGGCCAAUUGCAAAAACUUGCAGCUUCUUGAUUUAGGCAAUAAUAACCUCAGCGGCACAUUUCCUGUGUGGUUGGGAGCUCUUCCAGAUCUGCUAGUUUUAAGCUUGAGAUCAAACAAAUUGCAUGGACCCAUCAGAACAUCAAGGAUUGAGAACAUGUUUCCUGAGCUCCGAAUCAUAGAUCUCUCUUAUAAUGCCUUCUCGGGAAACUUACCUUCGAGUUUGUUUCAACAUCUGAAAGCCAUGAGGACAAUUGAUCCAUCAAUGGGAGCACCAAGAUAUCAUGGAGAUACUUAUAACGAAGAUUCUAUUACAGUUGCAACCAAGGGAUUUUAUCGUGAAAUUGUGAGAAUCUUGUAUUUGUACACAGUUAUCGAUCUUUCAAGCAAUAAAUUUAGGGGGCAAAUUCCAAGUAUCAUGGGGGAUCUCAUUGCAGUUCACAUAAUGAAUUUAUCUCAUAAUGGAUUGCAAGGUCAUAUACCGUCAUCAUUCGGAGAUUUAUCUUCAUUUGAAUCACUGGACCUAUCAGGAAACCAGCUUUCGGGAGAGAUACCACAACAACUGGCUUCUCUUACGUAUCUUUCAUUCUUAAAUCUCUCCCACAAUCAUCUCCAAGGAUGCAUCCCUCAAGGACCACAAUUUCACACUUAUGAGAGCAACUCAUAUGAAGGCAAUGAUGGAUUACGUGGAUUUCCCAUUUCAAAAAGUUGUGGCGAUGCUCGGGUAUUAGAUACAAAUGAUACCUUAUCUGGACUAGAUGAUGAAGAAAGCAAUUCUGACGUUCAGAGUGAUUUUUGGAAAGGUGCUCUUAUGGGCUAUGGAAGUGGACUAUGUAUUGGAUUAUCCAUAAUAUAUUUCAUGAUUUCAACUGGAAAACCGAUAUGGCUUGCAAGAAUCAUCAUAGAGAUGGAGCACAAAAUAAUUAUGGGAAGGAGAAAGAAGCAGCGAAGGCAAAGGAAUUACAGAAGAAGAAACAUUAAUCACUUCUAG